AUGCCAGAAGCGUUGGACCCCAAAGAAGUCAACUCCCGGACCGACCCCUCGGUCGCGAAACAAUAUGACCGCGGAACUCCCAAAGCCGACCAGUGGAAAGAACUGUACGAGCUCAUUGACGGCAAAAAGAUAAGCAUGUUGAACACAUACCGACAGGGGGUUGGCCCCGUUGGCCGCUCCAUGGCCGUUGCCAAACGCUCUGGACCGGACAUCUUGUACCUGGCGAACAAGAACUCGAGGAAAUUUCAAGAUCUGGAAAAGAACAAGGAAGUUCAGAUUAUCAUCCAAGACAGCAAGACCCAGGACUGGAUCUCCAUCACCGGGACUGCCACGACGGCCAGCAACGACGAUCCGAGGAUCAAGGAGUUGUAUAGCUCAGAAAUCAGCGCGUGGUUCGGGGAUUUGAAAGACGGUGUUCACGACGGGACCUGGAAGGAUCCGCGAAUGAGCCUGAUAGAGAUCCAGAGCAAGUAUAUCGUGUAUUGGAAGAAGGAGGUGUCGAGCCUGGGGUUUUUGAAGGAGGUGGGUACUGCAGCCCUGACUGGUAGUGUGGCUCAGACUGGGGUGCAUCGUGAGUUGACAGAGGAAGACAUCCAAAAAGAGCGUGUGUGA